AUGUCUUCAACUACUGCUGCAGCAGCCUCUAGUGAACAAGGCGUUCUUGUCAAUCCAACUAGCGUUGCCUCUUUCUCUGUUCAGCCUGCCGCGAACACUGGCAUCAUUCAUCCGACAGCCUCAGAAGAAGCCGUUACAACAACCCCCAACAACGACAAUCUUAUUAUUGCAAAUCCUGGUUCUUCUAACGUUAAUCUUGCGUCAAAUUCAACCGUUUCAGUACCACCCUCCGUUCAACUCUUGAAGAUUCACGAAGAACAAGCUAUCGCAGCUCAUAAAACUGAUGUCAGCUUAAUGACUGAAACUUUAUCAACCGCAGUUAACACUGUUCGCGGAUCAAAUUCUACUACUGUAUACGAUGAGGCCAAUUGGCCUUCCUUAUCGGCAACCUCGGCCCCGAUUAAAUCAUCGUCGGUAUGGGGCAGUCGCUCGGGUGCAGAAUUGGUUCGUCAAGCUGCUCAAGCAACUACUCCAAUUGGUGUUGUUGGUGAUCGAUUAAUCACUUUACCAACUGCAGCUAAUAUCGCUUCUACUCCAUUCACUGGUGUUCAACCAGUACAGCAGCCUCAAUUGAAGUUUGCCGGGAUUAUUACACAAGUGGUCGAGUUAUCUGCCGCGCAACAAUUGCAAAAACGAGAAUUCGGCUUUAAAACUACCACUUCGGACAUUGUAAAACGCAUAAAGGAAAAAACUAACACUCAGAUUCAAGUGUCCACCGCAAAUGUAUCGGGUACUACAACUUUUUUGAUCAAGGGAAAGGCUGAUGACGUUUUGAGAGCCAAACGAGAAUUAUUGUCUAAUUUUGCUAUAAAGACUGAAAUUCGAAUUCAAAUCCCGGUCUCUGUUCGUCGCUUUAUUCUCGGUGCACGUGGUGAAACCUUAAAAUCGAUUAGUCACCGCACAGGCACACGUAUUCAACUUCCACCUCGUCAAGGUGAGCCUCACGAAGAAAAAACUUCCGAAUUAGAUUAUGACGAGGAGGAAGAACAGAUGACAAUAACCAUCGAAGGAGAUGAAGAAGGUAUCAACCUUGCUAAAGCCGACAUCGAAGCAAUUGUCAAUGAAAAGACAUCUAAAAAAGUGGUAAAAAUCACGGAUAUUGAGCAUCAUUUUUAUCCUUUGAUUGCUGGAGCUUAUGGUCAGCGCCUUCAACAACUUCAACAAGAAUCAGGAGCAAAAAUUCAUAUUCCGCCAUAUAUUGUUUCUUUUGAUAAUGAAGGACACGAAGGCAAUAACACAAGAGAUAAUUGCAUUGUCGUCUCUGGUGAACGAGACGCCGUUCGAAAGGCCAUAGAAAUGCUCAAAGAUCGCCAUGAAGAAUUGAAAAGUACAACUGCAACCACUAAGACCACUGUGCCAAAGCGUCAACACAAAUAUUUAAUUGGAACGAAAGGUGCAAAUCUUCAAGAUAUUCUCGAGUCAACGGAAUGCUCUAUAGAGCUUAGUCCACCUUCUGAUCCAUCUGAAGAAGUUGUUAUUCGUGGGCCAAGUAGAAAUCAUUGGAAGGCAAUGCAAGCAGUAUCUGAAAAAGCAAAUUCAAUACACGUCGAGACUUUGGAUAUCGCAAAUAUUCAUAAGACUGAAAAUCCAAUUGAGCACGCGAAAAAUGUUUUAAAAUAUUUAUGGAACCGAAGUAAAUUAAGGAAAAUUGAGGCGGAAACUAAUAUUCAGAUUAUGGUGCCUAAAGGAUUCCCAUUAGAUAAAGGAAUUGUUCUGGAAUUUGUUGGAAAAGUUGUUAGCGAUGUCGAGAAAGCUAGAAAGGAAGUAAUGGAACUUGUGAAAAACUUGCCUCCGAUCAGUUUCACUAUUGUUUCCAUUGAACCUCAUCUUCAUCGUCAUAUAAUUGGCCGUAAAGGGCAAAACCUUCAACGCGUCAAAGAAACUUAUGGCGUCGAAAUUAUUGUUCCUGAUGAGAAAGAUGAAAGUCCAGAUAUUUUGAUCGUCUUUGAGGGUAAAGAAGGUGAUGAAAUUCCCACUGAAAAGAAAAAAAAGGAAGCUCAUGUUAAAGAUGUGCUAGACAAUGCAAAGCAAGAACUGAUUAAGGCUGGCCAAGAUGCUUCGGAUUUCGCCACGCAUACACUCACAAUUCCUGUUCGUUUUCAUCGACACAUUAUCGGUCCACGAGGAGUCACACUUAACAGUAUAACUGGUGGAUCUGAUGCUCCAGUAUCUGUUAAAUUUGGUUCAUCUCGAACGGGUGCUGCUGAGCGUUCUGCUAAUGCAGAAGGUAAAAAAGCAACUACAAUACCCAUUUCUGACGAUAUUGUUGUCAUUAAAGGCCCGACAGAGGAGGUGAAUCGAGUUGUCAAAGAAAUUAACAAGGUUGUUGAAGAUGCAAAACAUAUUGAGAUAAUGAAUUCAUACACAAUCGACUUCACGUUUCCUGCUCAAUAUUCUGCACAUGUCAUCGGAAAAGGUGGUUCUCACGUUACCCGUUUAAAAGAAAAUCUAAAUGUCAAAAUUGAUAUUGAAGGCGGUGCAAAGGGUGAAGAGAAAAAGACACAUCCUGGUGAAAAUGUAAAGGUCACAAUUCAAGGGAGAAAAGAUAAUGUCGAAGAAGCCAAAGCAAAGAUUUUGGAUCUUGUUGAUAAACUGCAAGAUGCAACGAUCCUUCGACUUAAUGUUCCUGCUGAAUAUCAUAAAUCGUUGAUUGGCGUUGGUGGUCGAUACGUUAAACGAUUAGAAGAGAAAUACAACGUGCAUAUUCGUUUCCCAAAGAACAAAGAAUCGACUGAAGAAGCUGAAGAUGACAGUGAAGCACAGAAAUUCGAUGAAGUUAUAAUAAAGGGUGGUCGAAGAGGAGCUGCAGAUGCCAAAGCGGAAAUGAUGGAGUUGUUAGAAUAUGAACGCGAACACGAUAAUUCACUUAUUUUUACAAUUCCGGCCAUUUAUCUUCCACAUGUUGUUGGACGAGGUGGUGUUAAAAUCACCGAGAUAAAAGAUGAUACUUUCACUCGUAUCGAUCUUGGACGUUCUGAACCAUCACCUGAUAACCCAGAUGAACAAAUUGUAAAUGUAGUUAUUCAUGGUACUAAACAGGAUAUCGUCAAAGCACAAGAGGCGAUACUUCAAAUUGUGCAUGAACUUGAAAGUCAAACCACAAUAACAAUAAACAUUGAUCCACAACAUCAUAAAUACUUGAUUGGUCCAGGUGGUAGUCGUAUCCGUGAAAUUGUUGCUAAAGCGGGUGGACCAGACGAAAAAUCUUCGCAGGCUGGUAUCGUUAAAUUUCCACGUCAUGGUUCUAAUAGUGAUGAGGUUAUAUUGAAAGGGGAUAAAAAUAUUGUGGAAAAGGUGAAAAUAGAACUCGAAAAAUUAGUAGAAGAACAGAAUAAUCUCGUGGUAGACUUAAUAGAGAUACCUCGAAUACAACAUCCUCAAAUAAUUGGACGGAAUGGUACCUCACUUAGAGAUCUUCAGCAUCGGUUCAAUGUGGAAAUUCAAUUCCCGGGGUCGAGAGCUUAUAAUGAUACACAUUUGUCAAGUGAUGUGAAGGUAGAAAUCGAAAAUAGCGAUGAAGCUGUGAAAAUUAUUGGUAAAAAAGAAAAUAUCGAGGCUGCAAAAACGGAAAUUUUGUCGAAAAUUCGACACAUUCACACUGUCAAUGUACCGAGAAAGUAUCAUUGUGCGAUUGCAGCGAACGGUGCUACAAUGCGUAAACUUCGUAAUGAAUACGGUGUAUUAGUAGAUCAUGGAAAUGAGGUUCCUCCGGAAACUAAACCUCAAACAAAAAAACCUAAUGGCAAUGGUAUUGCCGCAAAACGUAUUGAUGACGAGGAUGAAAAUUCUGAUAAAGACUAUGGAGGAGAAUUAAACUGGGAGUUAGUAGAAAAUGAUGAUAAUGAGGAAGAGGGGGAAAUUCCUUGGAACUUGAAAGGCGAGAAAAAACAAGUAGAACGUGCUGAGAAAUAUGUUAAUGAGUUACUUGAGGAAACGCGGAACUUCACGCAUACAGCUUUCUUCACUGUCCCACAACAUCUUCAUCGUCACAUAAUUGGUCGUGGAGGUGCAACAAUUCAACGUAUUCGAAGCGAAAGCGGAUGCAGAAUCGAUGUACCCAAAUCUAACGAUGAUGAAAUUGUGAUUGUCACAGGUUCAGUGAAUGGAGUCGACGAAGCACGAACUUUGAUGCUAGAGGUUAUCGAAAGAGCAAAUCGAUGA